UUUAAACCAAAAGCACAGCGCUCUCCAUCUCCUGUUGUUAACGUUAUUCUUCUUCGUCAACGUUGUUGAAUGCCGCGCAUAAAUGCCUGGUUUACGUCACUUCCUAGUACACACGGUCGGUGCGAACCAGAGAAUGUGAGCGGGAGAGGAGCGAGGAGGAGCGGCGGGAUUCUUCUGGAGCUAGCAGCGGAUUUCUCUCGCUCCGAGGACACUAAACUAUCACGAGCACGUGGUCUGCGAUGGAAUUUCUCAAAUACUUCAUUAAAGAGAGUGAACAAAGAUACAGAUGUAUCUUACAAGGUGAUGAUCACGACGACCAAGCAGAAGGUGAGUGCGGGGAUGUGAUCGCAACGACCAAAGGGUCAUGCUGGAACCUUAAAAGACAUGUGUCCAGAAAACACUUUAAAGUGUUCCACUCACACUUGGAAAGCAAAUCUAAAGAGGAUGAAGCACAGAAAGCGUGUAAGGAGGCAGAGAGCAGUAGCUUUAAAAGUUCCUUUCCACAACGAAUGACAAAAAUGAAUAUAUCACAGGAAAGGAAGGCUGAACUUGACCAGGCCUUCUUUAAAAUGAUCUACAUGGACUAUGAGCCUCUCACCAAAGGGGAAAGAGAAGGGAUGCGUUAUUUUGCGCAGAUUGCACAGCCUGGCUACACCCCGCCGUGCAACAACACAAUCCGGGACACACUCAUGCCACACGCCUUGAUCGAGCUGGAGAAUAAGCUGAGCGCUCUGCUCAAGCACUGCAAUGGACUCUCAGUGGCCAUUGAUAUUUGGACAAGCCGAAGGGGUCACAGUUUUCUGGGUAUCGUGGCCAGUUUUAUUGAUGAAAACUUCAAAUGCCACACUGUUCUUCUGAGCUGUGAACAAAUCCAGGCACACCACACAGCGAAGCACAUUUAUGAAAAAUACGAGGAGGUCCUGAGACGCUGGAAUGUCCAGCAUGGUGUGAUCAGAGUAAUUACUGAUAGUGCCAGCAAUAUGGUCAAAGCCUUCAAUCUGCCUGGCUUCAAUGAGUUUGGGGAUGUGCUGGACCGAGAUGUCAAGGUCGAGGAGACGGAAGUUGAGAUUGAUGCUCCAGAUGAUGCACUCUCUCAGCUCCGUGCAGACCAGCUGGCCAAUCAGCUGAACGUGAUGAUUCAGUACUACAUCACAGAAACCAAUCUUCACCUGAGAUGUCCCAUUCACUUACUCCAGCUCGCUAUAAAAGACGCAAUUGCAAAGCAUAAUGCAGUCAAAUCAGUAAUCAACAAGAUUGGAAAAGUAGUCAAAACAGUCAGGAAAAGCACACUGAACACAGAUGAAAUCGACAAAUUAGCUGUUCCUCCCACAACUGCAUGUGCAACCAGAUGGAGCGGUCAGCUGCGGAUGAUUGAGUCGCUGCUGAAAAUGUUUGAGAAUGAUGCGCUAUGGCAAAACCGUCUGACGUCGAUCCCAGAUGAUGGCAAAAUCACACGCAGCGAUGUUCUCAUGCUUCAAGGCUUGGUGAGAGUACUCACACCAUUUGCUGAAUUGACAGACAGUUUACAGAAGGAACUGGGAAACCUGGGGAUGAUCCUGCCGGCAGUCGCAGAAAUACGCCGAAUGAUGGCUGACGUCUCCAGUCCACUGGAAGUAGCUGCUUUCGCAGAAACUCUAGCAGAGAACUUUUCCAAUCGUUAUAAAAGGUUUUAUGACGACACCCACGUUGUUCUGGCUGCGUUGUUAGACCCUCGCUUUAAGAACGAGUGGAUUGCAAGAGAUGAAAAGGUUCAAGGCAAACAGAUGGAGAUCAGGGAGUUGUUAGUUCAUCAAACACAACUUCUCUGCAGCGUGAAUAAAAAAGAAACAUUCCCUCUCGUUGUCGCUGACCCUGAGCCGUCACCCUCAAAGAAAGCCAAGUCCAUGUUCCAGUCAUACGCAACUGCCACAGAUUCAUCUGCAGCACUAGAUGUAAAAGGAGAAAUCGAACAGUACCUCGCAAUGCCGAGAAUGAACCCCGACGUUGACGUUCUUCGCUUCUGGAAGGACAACUCUGUUAUGCUGCCCCGACUUUCACAUGUUGCAAGACGCAUCUUUAGCAUCCCCAGCGGCUCGGCCAGCUUGGAGAGGGUGUUUUCUAUUGCUGGCCUGAUGUCCAACACUAAUCGCAUGCGCUCGACACCUGACACUCUGCAAAAGCUCGUCUUUCUGAAAGUGAACGCAGCAUUGGAGAUUUAGAUUUGAUGAUUAAAAGUCUAGGACUGUCCGACCAAAAAGUUUGUUAAAAAGAAGGCAAUAAUAGCCUGU